AAGUUUAUCAGUAGUUUAGGCGCUUAUAGGAACAAAAGAGACUGUUAAUUAAACUAACCGUUUUGUAGAUACACGGUGUGCAAUAAUGUUAAAGAUAGUUCUUAGUUUUGUACUGAUUGUAUUAUCUCCUUUAAUAUGUGAAUCUUAUAAAGUCAAUGGCCGUGUGUACCUUCCCAGUGGUGAUGCUUUUGCAGAAACAAAUUUGGUAAUGGACGGCGGACUGUACAGAAGUUUUAUUAAACCAGAUGGUUCGUUCACAUUCCACAAUGUCCAGUCUGGAUCUUAUGUUAUUGAAGUCUUAUCUCCAAAGUAUAUGUUUGAGCCUGUGCGAGUAGAUGUUUCUUCUAAGGGUAACGUCCGUGCAAGAAAACUGAACAAUUUGAAACCAAGCUCAGUAUCAUUGGUCAAGUACCCACUUGAUUUAAAACCACUUGGUUUGGUAAAAUACUUUCAGACAAGGGAAAAAUUUAGCAUUUUCGAUAUGCUUAAAAACCCAAUGGUUUUAAUGAUGGUAUUACCCAUGCUAAUGUUGGUUGUCCUGCCUAAAUUAAUGAACACACAAGACCCUGAGUUCCAAAAGGAGAUGGAAGAAUCAAUGAAAAAAUUUAAUCCUGGUCAAAGUCAAAUGCCAGACAUGGCAGGAAUGCUGGCUAAUAUGUUCAGUGGUAAGAAACCAAAACCAACAAGGACCAAAGCCAGCAAGAAAAAAUGAUAGAUUUACAACGUUUUUUUUGCUCUUUGAAUCUGGGUAUUACUUAUCUGUUUGUAUAAUGAACUAUUUAUUCUUUAACUUAAUUUUAAAAGGUUAACAACUCACCAAGGACAGUUUCCUAUAUCAUUGGUUUUUAAUUGCUAAAUGAACAUGAACCAUUCUCCUUUUUAUUAAUGCUGCUCAAAAAGGUACUUCUAGUUAUCUCCUGCCUUGAUGUAUGAUAAUAGUUUGUCAAACUGAAAUCUGGGGAACAUUUUUCUCUGCUUUCUACAUUCAAAGCUUUGCUUUUGAGUCCGUAUGUGUUUUUAUUUAACAAUAAAUGAAUUGUUGCUCGUA